AUUCCUAGCAUCCACAUGGUAGUUCACAACUAUUCAUAACUUUAGUUCCAAUACCCUCUCUUCCAUGGGCACUGUACGUGCAUGCAGGAAAAACACGUGGAAGAUAAAAACAAACUUUAAAGAAACUGUCAAAGUCAUAGGAAAGACUAAGAAGGUAUCCCAGAUAGAGAGGUGAGAGAUGUGACUCUCUUCAUCCUGGGUUGGAUUUUGGACACAGCAUAGGGACCGUGGAUAACAACAGUAUUGUCAAUAUUAAUUUUCUUAAUUUGCAUUAUAUAAGAGAAAAUUGUUCUCACAAAUGUAUACUUAAUACUAUCGGGAGAGAUGUCACCAGAACUUUUUUGUUUGUUGUUUUUUGUUUUUGAGACAAGGUCUUGUUUGUACAGUUGCUGGAAAUUACAGAUGAGGGCUUUUCACAUUUUAUCUGCGGAAAUCAGAAGACUGCUGUGAGAGGCUGACCUGUCCUAACCCAGGAUCCUUAAUUCUGGACCUCCAGCCUCCAGUACUGUGAGGAGGGCAUCCUCAGAGACUGAUGAAACCACACGGUAUUUCACGGUAAAGCAGAACAGAUUCCACCAGCUGCUACUGUUGAAAAAGGUGCUACUUAGCAUACGGGUGCUCAUCCAGGCAGAGGGGUUGUUACUUCUUGCAACAGCUGAAAAGCGUCUUUAUUCUCCCAGCUCUGCGGCUGAGUGAUGCUGGUGUGAUUCGAAGGGUAACUCAUCUAAACAAAUGGCUCCCGGGGCUGUUGAGAUGACUGAGUAGUGUCUGCCCACUUAAGCAUGAGGAUCUACUUACCUCUGUAAUGCCAGCCCUGGAGAGGCAGAGACCAGAGGAUCCUGGAGGUCACUGGCCAGACAGUCUAGCUAAAUCAGCUUUUUCUUGUCCCCAGCACACAUAGGGAUGGAUGGGUGAAGCCCACCUGGGCUGUGGCACUGCCCAGCAGCCGUCAUCUCGUUAGGGCCCCUCGGUGGCAGAAGGAUGCACCUCUCUGCAGUGUUCAAUGCCCUCCUGGUGUCCGUGCUGGCUGCAGUCCUGUGGAAGCAUGUGCGGCUGCGGGAGCAUGCGGCCACCCUAGAGGAGGAACUGGCCCUCGGACAGCAGUCCCUGGAUCCAGUUCCAGGACUGAGGAUUGACUACCCAAAGGCCCUGCAGAUCCUCAUGGAGGGCGGCACCCACAUGGUGUGCACAGGCCGCACCCACACAGACCGCAUAUGUCGCUUCAAGUGGCUCUGCUACUCCAAUGAGGCUGAAGAAUUCAUCUUCUUCCAUGGCAACUCAUCCGUGAUGCUGCCCAAUCUGGGCUCCCGGCGCUUCCAGCCAGCCCUGCUGGACCUGUCCACUGUGGAGGACCAUAAUGCCCAAUACUUCAACUUUGUGGAGCUGCCCGCUGCAGCCCUGCGCUUCAUGCCAAAGCCAGUGUUCGUGCCUGAUGUGGCCCUCAUUGCCAACCGCUUCAACCCCGAUAACCUCAUGCAUGUCUUCCAUGACGACCUGCUCCCCCUCUUCUACACGCUGAGGCAGUUCCCUGGCCUGGCCCAGGAGGCCCGGCUCUUCUUCAUGGAGGGCUGGGGCGAGGGCGCCCACUUUGACCUUUAUAAACUCCUUAGCCCCAAGCAGCCGCUGCUUCGCGCUCAGCUCAAGACGCUGGGCAGAUUGCUCUGCUUUUCCCAUGCUUUUGUGGGCCUCUCCAAGGUCACCACCUGGUACCAGUAUGGCUUUGUCCAGCCCCAGGGCCCAAAGGCCAACAUCCUCGUCUCAGGCAAUGAGAUCCGGCAGUUCACCCGCUUCAUGACCGAAAGGCUGAAUGUGAGCCACGCAGGGGCACCCCUGGGUGAGGAAUACAUUCUGGUCUUCAGUCGCACCCAGAACAGACUCAUCUUGAACGAGGCAGAGCUGUUGCUGGAGCUAGCACAAGAGUUCCAGAUGAAGACCGUGACAGUAUCCCUGGAGGACCACACCUUUGCUGAUGUUGUGCGGCUGGUCAGCAAUGCCUCCAUGCUAGUCAGCAUGCAUGGGGCCCAGCUGGUCACGGCCCUCUUCCUGCCCCGUGGGGCCACCGUAGUCGAACUCUUCCCCUAUGCUGUCAACCCUGACCACUACACCCCCUAUAAGACGCUGGCCACUCUGCCUGGCAUGGACCUGCAGUAUGUAGCCUGGCGAAACAUGAUACGAGAGAACACAGUCACACACCCUGAGCGGCCCUGGGACCAAGGGGGCAUCACCCACCUGGACCGGGCUGAGCAGGCCCGCAUCCUACAGAGCCGAGAGGUCCCCCGGCAUCUCUGUUGCCGGAACCCAGAAUGGCUCUUCCGAAUCUACCAGGACACCAGGGUGGACAUCCCGUCCCUCAUGCAAUCCAUUCGGCGUGUGGUGAAGGGCCGGCCAGGGCCGCGGAGGCAGAGGUGGACAAUCAGCCUGUACCCAGGCAAGGUGCGGGAGGCUCGAUGCCAGGCGUCUGUGCAGGGUGCCACUGAGGCCCACCUGUCUGUGUCCUGGCAGAUCCCAUGGAACCUCAAGUACCUAAAAGUGAGGGAGGUGAAGUAUGAGGUGUGGCUGCAGGAGCAAGGGGAGAACACGUAUGCACCUUACAUGCUGACCCUGCAGAAUCACACCUUCACAGAGAACAUCAAGCCUUUUACCACCUACCUGGUGUGGGUCCGCUGUAUCUUUAACAAGAGCCUCCUGGGGCCUUUUGCAGAUGUGCUGGUGUGCAGCACGUAGCCAGCAGGCCAUGGCCCGGCCUCAGGAGGGUGGCCUUUGCUGUUCAGCUUUCCCAGGCCGAAGCCCUGCUGGCAGCUAUGGUGAUGACGUAUCUAUUUACUGAGUAGGCCAGGGCUAGGCCUGCUCCCAGGGUCUUACUGCUGCAGGUAUGGAGUUUGCAGAAUUCUUUGCCCUGAAGAGGUGGUGCAUGCCCCCUCUGCCACUUUGAUUAUUCCCACCCAGGAGGAAUUCCUUUGUGGUGAGGAGGAGGCACAGGCAGGUCCCAGGGAUCUGCUCUUGCUAAUUGAUCGUGCUGUUUUCUGUCGUGGCCUUGGUACAGAUCCUGGCUUCUAAAAACAGUGGUCAUGUAGUUGGUGGGCUAGGCAGACAGUCUCUGCGAAUUUCACCUGUAGCUGAGUGACAGGUGUGUUUGGAGCAGUCAUUAAAUGAUUAUGAACAUCGUGG